CGCGCGCGUGCGUGCGUGAUGUCAGCGGACUGUGCACGCGCUGGAGUCGGCGCGCGGGUGCGCCUGGUUCGCAGCGAAAGGCUUCGCCGACGGUCGAAGUACCCGAGGCGCGCGGAGCCUUUUCGGGAUCAGCUGCGGGAUUUGUGGAUUCUUGUGGUCGCAACCUGUUCCGUGUGACAGAUGAGGCUAUGAGGACGAGCCCCAGCGAUGACUGAUGUGGAGCCCGUUGCGACGGAUUUCGCAUCGACGGGGAGGACCGGCCGGCGAAACGCCCUGCCGGACAUCCUGGGCUCCUCUGCGGGGGCCGGAGCCUCUGACCUUCCGCAGAAGCUGGCAGAACUGUCAGUCGGCGAUGACGGAGAUGCACCUGGGGAGGGCUCCUCCUUGUCAGACACCCCGAAGGGAUCUCCAGAGGGUGAGGAGAAGGCGGGGGACACGUAGCAGCCCAGAGGCACCUAGAGAGCCGCACCUCCGGGGAGACCUCGGGAAAGGACUCGAGGGGACCGUCCCCCCCCGGAAGCAUCGACCGCAAAACUGUAGCCUUGCUGUUCGGCUCUAUGCAACAUCGCCGCACCCGUAAUGGAAGAGGAGUUCUGGGUAACAGCAGGGUGCCGUCAUCCAGAGAAGCACUCUAUAUCUACAAAGUGGUUGCGGUUACCCAUAAUUCAGUCACGUGCGGGCACUAGGCCCUCUCUCCCACCUGCUCUUCAGCGCACAUGAUAAACUGGUUCAGAGUUUCGACCAUCCCGUGAAAUAUGCAGCUUUUUUUUUUUUUUUUUUUUUUCUUUUUUUAAAUUUGGACAAAAAUUUUUCUGUCUUUCUUUUCGGGUGUAACACAAUUAGCUUUUUCACAAAAUGUCUACAUUUAGUUGUAGCUGUGUAUAUUUCCGAGAAAAUCCGUUCCAUUUGGUGAUGUGAGUACCGCUUGUCGGAUUUUUGUGGUUAGUGCGCUACGGUAAGCCUAUAUUCUGUGCGUUUGGUACCGUUCUGUGUAUAUGAUAAACUGAUCAAUCGCAGGUGGACAGUGAUACAGGGUACUCUUUAUGUAAAAAGUGUCAUAGUUGUCCACUGUUUUGUGGAAGGAAGCAGUUUAGCCACCUUUGCUGCCAAUGAAGAUUUCUCCCUGUGUUCUGCUUUAUCUUCUCUGGUUGUCACGUGUCCAUUCAGUUACUGGGUCCAUGUCAUCUUGUCGAAGUCCUCUGUGAGAAUGGACACAAACCACUCACAGUACAGUAUAUGUUUAAAAGAAAUGUAAAAAAAAA